CCCCGGGGCCGCCGGCGGCCCAUGAGCCCCGGCCUCAAAGUUUGCGGCGGGCGGGCGGGCGCGGAGCCUCCAAGAUGCCGUUCCACCCGGUGACGGCGGCGUUGAUGUACCGGGGCAUCUACACCGUGCCCAACCUGCUGUCGGAGCAGCGCCCGGUGGAUAUCCCUGAGGACGAGCUAGAGGAGAUCCGAGAGGCCUUCAAGGUAUUCGACCGGGAUGGCAACGGCUUCAUCUCUAAGCAGGAGCUGGGAACAGCCAUGCGCUCCCUGGGAUACAUGCCCAACGAGGUGGAGCUGGAGGUUAUCAUCCAGCGGCUAGACAUGGAUGGUGAUGGCCAAGUGGACUUUGAGGAGUUUGUAACCCUCCUGGGACCCAAGCUCUCCACCUCGGGGAUCCCAGAGAAGUUCCAUGGCACUGACUUUGACACGGUCUUCUGGAAGUGUGACAUGCAGAAGCUGACAGUGGAUGAGCUGAAGCGACUUCUCUAUGACACCUUCUGCGAGCACUUGUCCAUGAAGGACAUAGAGAACAUCAUCAUGACAGAGGAGGAAAGCCACCUGGGCACUGCUGAGGAGUGUCCCGUGGACGUGGAGACCUGUUCCAACCAGCAGAUCCGCCAGACGUGCGUGCGCAAGAGCCUGAUCUGCGCCUUUGCCAUCGCCUUCAUCAUCAGUGUCAUGCUCAUCGCGGCCAACCAGGUGCUGCGCAGCGGCAUGAAGUAGGCACCGCGUGGGUGCCUGCAGUGCCCACUCCACACCCACCGCUGCCUGCAGCCCUUCCCCCAGCUUGCUCCCUGGGCCACCACCCCUGGGCACUUUGAGCCUGGACAAUGAGCACCCCAAUCCUCACCCCUUAGGCCUUGCAUGGAGCCAUGGCUCAGCUGUGGAGGACCUGGUGGUGGCUUUGAGGACAGCCCUAGCCCCCAUCCCCUGCCUGUGCCCUCACUGGCCUGUGUGUAGCAUUCACUUCCCACCACUCAGGAGCUCCUGGAAGAGGAGGGACUUGUGCAGGAGCCCCCAGGAUCCAGUCAGUGCUGCGAUCUUUUAGGCAGGCAAGAAACUCAUGUCCAGAACAGUGGGCAGGGUGGAGGUGGGCAGGGCUGAGGCUCCUGGGUCUCUGACACUCCUUAGACCCAAAGCCAGUCCUCCAUGCAUCUUCUGGGGCCUGUGCCUGCCCACUUCACAGGUGAGAAGCCUGAGGCUUUAAGGGCCUGAAAUCUGGCUUUGGAUUCUUCUUCCACAGGGCUUUUCAGGAAAGGCAGAUGCUCAUGCAAGAUGGGGCAUGAGAGAUAGCCCCAAGGCCCAUUAAUUUCUGAGCCAUCCACCAAAGGCUUAGAGACCAAGGGCCGAAUUGUCUCCUAGCACAGAACCUAGAGGCCCAACUGAGGAAGGAAGCAGAGAUCCUGUAGCUCGUGUGACUCCCCACUGGCCAGGGUGUAACCCUGGGAGGCCCUGAGCCAUUCCCUAGGGAUCUGAGUCCCCUGAGGGUCUGCCACAGCCCUGCACUGUCAGUGGUCACAGAUUCUUCCAAGUCCAGGGCCUGCCCUCUUGGGGACCCCACUUCUCUGUACCCUCGAGGCUGGCAAUGCGGCUCUCAUGCUUGCUCCACCUGUGUCACGCUGCCGUUUCUUGGCACCAGCUCAGCCUGGGCAGAUGCAAGCCUUCAGCUCUUCAGGGGCCGAGAUGGUUGCCAGUCCUCGGCUCCCUUCCCCAGCCUGGGGCCACUUACUAGCUGGGCCGCCGCCACACUGGCAUACGCUGUGCCCAGCCUGGCUGCUCUACUGAUCCCUAAGCACCCUGGAGGAGACACUGUCUCAUUCCAGCUCACCUGUCCCCUGAUGGAGGCAGGAGGACAGAACCGAGAGCAUGAGAGGCAGCAAGAGAGACAGGCCAGCCAUCAAGGACA